UGUCUCCUAUUCUCUAAAUAACCUGUUGGUCCAGUCAGACUAACAUCGGUCUGUGAAGCGGCUGCUCCUCUGCUCUUCCCUUUUCUUCUGGAUUUCCUCUGAACUGAUUUCAGCUGAGUCACGAGAGAUCCAAGGACCAGCCUGCCACCAGAGGGACGUCAGAGAGGAGGCAGAGUGUUUAAAUGCCUGCAGCUGGAAGGACACCAUGUCAGCGUUGUUCACCUGGGCCUGCCUGCUGCAGCUGCUGCAGCUGCUGCAGCUGCUGCUUCUGCUGCUGUGGACCGGCUCGGCCGCGCAGGACAAAACCCCCGAUGUUGCGGUGAUCUGCUCUAACUCGGAGGACUGCGUGCUGCCUUGCUACUUCCAGCCCGGCCAGAACGAGAUGGUGCAGUGGUUCCGACAGGGGGCGCUGGUCUACAGGUUCGACAGAAACGGCAGUGAGGAGGCGUUCACGCUGCCGGAGGUGGCCGAUCGGGUCUUCGUCUCUGCGCAGCAGAUUUCCAACGGGAACGCCACCCUGACCCUGAGGCGCAGCGCCCCGCAGGACAGAGGCCUGUACAGCUGCCAGGUCCAGACCUCAGGAGGUCAACACACCGCCAAGGUCAUCGUCAAGGUCGAAGCUCCGAUCCGAGGCCUGUUCCUGGAGCAUUCCCGGCUCAGCGGCUACGAGGAGAUCAAAUGCUCGGUGCCGGACGUUUUCCCGGCUCCGCGCGUGACCUGGGCGACGGAACCGCCCACCUUCGAAGACCUGCGGCCCGUCACGCGCAAGCAUGUCAAAGAGAACGGCUUGUUCUCUGUGGACAGCCGGCUGACGAAGCUGAAGGGCCAACCCGACCUCAUCUACAUCUGCAAAAUGUCCACUUCCUACAGCCGGUCGACGUGGACCGCGUCGCUCCGGGAGAAAGAAAUAACAGGAACUGAGGGACGAGACCUGACCAUUCGCUGCUUGGCUCCCACGUACCUGAAGAACCCGUCCCUUUACUGGACCUUCUCCAGAGGAGACAACUCCACCCUCAUCCUCAGCUACGACAGCCAGUCGGACCGCAAGGUCUCUGCGCCGUCCUGGGAUGGCCACCUGGACCUGGACGUCUACAAAGCCAAGUUCGGAGACGGCUCUCUGCGUCUGAUGGAGCCCAGACACCCGGAGCACAGCGGCAGCUACGCCUGCGAGUUCUCCGAGAAGUUCAGCCGACACGUCGAACGCAUCCGCGUCACCAUCAGCGGCCCUCACGCAGGGCAGCGCGCCGCGGUGGAGAAGCCGUCCUACUGGUGGAUCCUGGGUGUGGUGGCUGCUGGCCUGGUUCUGGUUCUGGUGGGAUUACUGGCCUUCCUGAAGCUCAGAGGAAGAGACAAGAAGCCCAGAGCUCAUUCUGAUGAAGAGACGGAGCUGAACAGGGUCAAAGACGGAGAAUCGCCCCAGUGACCGGCUCAUCGGACUGAACACUGAACUGAAACAUUCGCCUUAUUUUACACUUUUCUCUGGAUUCAGAAGACGACGAGCUGCAGACGCUCAAACUGGACCAUGAAGUCCCAAAUAGCUGCUUUUUAUUUUCUCAUCACAGAAUCUUUGAAUGAACUUCCUGGAUUUAUUUUUCUCUGCUCUGCAUCCAGAGUCUGAACGUUGCUGCAGGGAGUCCUGACGAACCAGGAGCGCGAAAAACGGCGUUUUGGAGCUUAAACUGGGGUUCUGUUUAGAAAAAAUGAGUCGUCAGUAUCAUACACUGCAAAAACACAAAAUCUCAUGAAGCCUUUUGGUUCAGUUUCUAGUGAAAGAUGAAACCUCAGCAUCACAGGCCCUCCGCCGUGCCUGACAGGAGGCACAGGGAGCGUCUGCUGAUUAAAAAGUCAUGAGUUGAAGUUUAUCGAUCAUCCGUUUGCUGCGGUUCUCUAUCAUUUUGUCUCUGUACCUCAUCCUCACUGCGCGCUGCAGCAGCAGAAACUCAGGUCCUGUUUGCUCUGGUUUUAAACUAACGAUCCUCUGAAAGACGUUUCCUCAGAAAUGCCUUUAUGUGUUUUUAUUUUGAUGCCUUUGGGGCAAAAUGAGGUUAGAAAUGCCCCUCAGCACUGAUCUCCUGAAAAGCAAUCAAAUAAAAUCACUUUAUUUGCAUUGAUUUUCAGGAAAAUAAAUGGAAAAUAGUGGAGAUUAAACUUUUAUAGUUUUCUAAGGUGAAAACAAGAGAAGUUGUUUCCUGAUUUAUCAUGUUUGACUGUAGGAGCAGUUUCUGAGCUCUGGAUGAAUAUUGAGGACAGAUCACUGGUUUUCACUGGUUUUCACUGGUUUUUACUGGUUUUCACUGGUUUUUACUGGUUUUCACUGGUUUUCACUGGUUUUUACUGGUUUUCACAGGUUUUCACUGGUUUUCACUGGUUUUUACUGGUUUUUACUGGUUUUUACUGGUUUUUACUGGUUUUUACUGGUUUUCACUGGUUUUCACUGGUUUUUCUGGUUUUCACUGGUUUUCACAGGUUUUCACUGGUUUUUUAAAUUUCAUUUUUACUGUUUUUACAUUUCUCUGCACCGCUGCUCCUGACAUGUUCAUAAAAACCCACUUCACUGCCUUUUGAAUGUGUCAUGAAUAAAGUUUCUAUUAAAACAAACAGAA